AUGGAUCCCCAAAAUGUUCCAAUCCUCACCGAAGCAGAAAAAGGUAUCCAAAUCUGUGAUGCCAUUCACCACCUCCAAAUGACCCCGAAAAAGUUUAUCAAUGGAUUUCUCACUAAUGCAGACCCCCAAAUUGCCUAUAGAAGGCGCUUCUGGGGGACUUCUACUGGCUCGAGUUUGACUCAUGGAAUAAUUCAAGCAGUCAAGGCUGAGGUAGCCAGUAAAGGACGAAGGACGGGAGAGGUGUUGAGAGUGAGCAACAAGGAGCAAACCUUUGAGAACCGACUUAGGGUCAGACAAAUGACCACCGACAGGAGAGUGAGCAACAAGGAGCAAACCUAG